AUCUUAGCAAAGAUGCUUAGUGCUUUAAUGUCUUCCUGCUCAACAUCUGUUUGAAAAUACUGUUUUAUGUCAAACAGGAACACAUUAGUCACAAACACCAUCCAGUAAUCACACCCCUAAUCUUCCGUUUGGCAUUUAGCUACCCGGCUGCAACCACACAGCCUGCCACAGGGUGAAAAGGCAUCCUUGUCUCAAGAGUCACUGUGGCAGGAAAUCUGAUUUGGUUGUGGCGCCUUUCCAGGAUGUGGACACCCGAGAAUACAGAGUCAUAUUUCCAGAGACACAAAACACAGGCUGUUGUAACAAAUGAGAACCUUGCUCCUAUUUGGAUAAUUGUUCCUUCCAUGUUUUGUCAAAAGCAGGUUAUCACCUACAUCAGAGGCCAUGUGACUGGUAAUCUGCAUGAGCUAAUGCAGCUAGAGAAGGUAUGAAUGGCAGAGCUCUCUAGCUGCAUCUCUUGAUUUUGGGAUCCGGGCUGGAAGGAGAUAAUUGGAAGGAGCUAUGAGAAGGAGAGUCAUCUAACUGAAUUCUCAUUUCUUUUGUGGAUCUGUGGAUCCAAGGCAUUAGGGGGGCAGAACCUCUAUCUAUUUUGGAAAAGCUUACAGGAACUACACUACAGCAGAAGGAACUGAAGCCAAAAUAAAGUAGUCCAAAGGCAAAUAACCAGACGUACCAGUCUAGUUUUGCUUAAAGCUCUUCUUGCUUGUAACUAAGCCUUAGGAGAAGCAUGUCAACCUUUCAGAAUGGGAAAAAAGCAGCACAAAAGCUGGGAAAUGAUUAAUGGUUUGGUGAAAUGCGGUGGGGCCAGGGGAAGGGGGCACAGCCAUCCAGGGAACCUUAGAGGGCUCAGUUUGGUAUCUGUACUUAAAAUUCUGCAUCCUGACUGUCUACAAUGGCAGCUUUUCCCGUCAGCUUAAAAUGCUCUUCUGAUGAGGUGGGCCUUCUAAAGAAAACUGCUUCCUGUGGGAUCAAUUUCUCUUAAGGAAUUUAAGCUUUGUUAAGCUAAACAGAAGCUGCUGCUAAUAUCUUCUUUCAUUAAUAAUAACGUUCAACCAAGCCUUUUAGUAAUUAACAGCACAAUCCAGUACAUGCCUACUCUACUGAAUUCAAUGGGACUCACCCCAAGGUGUUGUAGAAGAGCGAAUCCCAUAUGAAGAUGGGACUUCUGGUGCUUUUGCGUAAUGUGCUACUAGCCCUCUGUCUCUUUCUGGUGUUGGGAUUUCUCUAUUACUCAGCUUGGAAACUACAUCUUCUCCGAUGGGAGGAUUCAAAUUCAAUGAUUCUUUCCUCUGACUCCGUUGGACGUUCAAUAGGCUCAGGAAUGAGAGAAAGAAAACCCACACCUCUUGUGCCUCUAUCAUCUCUCCCAUCACACCUUGCUGCAGACCUGGGAACAGGCAAACCUAAGAGAGAACCUGUCGCUAUUCCACGCCCAACCACUCCCAAAUAUGACAAACUGGGAUUUCUCCUGAAGCUGGAUUCCAAAUUGCCUCCAGAACUAGCAUCAAAGUAUGCUAACAUCUCAGAGGGAGUUUGCAAGCCUGGGUAUGCAUCUGCACUCAUGACUUCCAUAUUCCCAAAGUUCUCCAAGCCAGCACCAAUGUUUUUAGAUGAGUCCUUCAGAAAGUGGGCAAAGAUCCGGGAUUUUGUACCUCCUUUUGGAAUUAAAGGACAAGAUAAUCUGAUCAAAGCCAUCCUGUCAGUUACCAAAGAUUACCGCCUUACUCCAGCUCUUGACAGUCUCAGUUGUCGGCGAUGCAUUAUUGUGGGAAAUGGUGGCAUUCUAGCAAACAAGUCACUGGGGUUGAAAAUUGAUGACUAUGACAUUGUGAUCAGGCUGAACUCUGCUCCAGUGAAAGGCUUUGAAAAAGAUGUUGGUGGCAAGACUACAAUGAGAAUAACAUAUCCGGAAGGAGCCAUUCAGAAACCAGAGCAGUACGAGAAGGAUUCCCUGUUUGUACUGGCAGGGUUCAAGUGGCAAGAUUUCAAGUGGCUGAAGUAUAUUGUUUACAAGGAGAAAGUGAGUGCCUCUGAUGGCUUCUGGAAGUCUGUGGCGACUCAUGUUCCAAGAGAGCCCCAUGAGAUCCGUAUCCUGAAUCCAUAUUUCAUCCAAGAAGCAGCCUUCAGUUUUAUUGGCCUUCCUUUCAACAAUGGCCUAAUGGGCAGGGGGAAUAUCCCUACUUUAGGAAGUGUAGCAAUAACCAUGGUGCUUCACAAUUGUGAUGAAGUAGCAGUGGCUGGAUUUGGUUAUGAUAUGAACUCUCCAAAUGCACCACUACAUUACUAUGAGAACAUCAAGAUGUCUGCCAUCAAAGAGUCUUGGACACACAAUAUCCAACGGGAAAAGGAGUUUCUACGGAAAUUGGUGAAAGCUCGAGUCAUCACAGACCUCACCAGUGGAAUCUGAGGAGGCACAGCCACUGUGCUGUAGGGCAUAGCCGCAUGGCAUACAGUUAAGGACAAAGGCUUCAAGAGGUCUUUGGCAAGAAUGCCAGCUUCCUAGAGAGACCGAGUGCCCUUGGAAAGUCUCCCUGGCUCGCUCUGCCUGCUUGCAUCUGGGUUGGCAGGGGAGCAGUGGCUAUUGAUUGGACUGAGGGGGCAGGUCCCUCACCUGGAACCACAGGUGGUUCUUGUGUCUGGAAUGGAACAUCAUUGGAGAGAACAAAAUAGGCCUGUGAAAUCAAGUGAAAUUGUGCCAAAUGGGAACAGAAGCCAGGCCAGAGGCAGCAGCGCUUGAAUGUACAACAUAUUAUUUUUUAUAAAGAGAGACUUGAGUGUUACACUAAGGAUAUCAGUGUGCAGUGUGGAGCCUGCCUGACCUGCGCACAGGCCACAUGGGACACCUGAUCAUGUGUUGCACUUAGCUUACCUCUGUGCCAGCCAUGGCCCAUAUGUGGGCUCUUAGUCCGCCCAAGACUUGUCUGUUGUUGGUGCUGCUAUAAUUUAAAGGUAUUAUGGCCUCUCUCUGCCCUAGAGAGAGCGACUGAGAGGCUUACUGGAUCUUCAGACUCCCUGCUGUUUGUGGGGCAGCCACUGCUGCCAGCAUUCACCUGGAUGCAUUUUCAGCCAUUCCUCACAGAGCUCACCUCGUUGUGUUGGGGGCGGUCUACCUGUUUGACAGGUUGACUACAGAUCCUGCUAGGAGGUGCCCCUGUGUCAAUUUUCUGUGGCAUCUGUAUCAUGGUUUUGAAGAGUUUGGUACUUUGUUUUUUGGAAAGGGAAUAAUUUAUUUUUGGAUCAGGUCAGAAAUUAUCCUAAAAUAUGAAGAUUCAUCAGUAUUUAGUGGUUAAUGGUGCCAGAGAUUUUUCACUAAUCAUAUUGUACUCUAGUUUAAGUGACUACUACCUUGAUAGUAUUUAAGUUAAUCUGGAAACAGUGGUAGAAAUUACCUGGAUGGCAAAUACUUUCUUUUUCAACUACCAUAUAUCAGGUGUUUUUCUCAGUCUGUUUUCAGAUCCUCCUGCAUUCCUUUUAAGGGGACAGAGGAUUCUAUAUUUGUUAUUUUUCUGCCCUAAAUCUUAGAUGCAGUAUUUGCACAACUGUGUACCAUUUAUAUUGGAAGGGUUAGAAAUAUAUUGUGCAAAGUGACCAAACUGUGGGGAAAGCAGAACGAUAUCAUCACUUGUCUGCAUUCUCAGGGGCUGAUCCUCCAGUUGUAAGUAUGCAUAUAUUUUGUAUCAAUGUGAGUCCCAACCAUGCGUUUCAAUGAAUUAGCUUGUCUUUCCUUGAAUUAAUAUGUUCAAAUCUGGACCAUUUUCCUUAUGCAGACAUAUCUGACGAGUGCUUAUCCUGUAUAUGCCAAGGGCACCACCCUGCAAUGUUAAUAUGCAUUUUUUUGCUGAGUUCCCCAAACAGAGUUAGGAGACUGAUAACAGGGGCACUGAAUUCUCUGUUCCACUAGCAGAGAAGAGAUAGCAGCUGAGAUGUUCCCAUAUAUGUUUCUCAGAAAUGUUCACAAAGGGAAUUCUAGAACAAUGCAAAUGGUAACAGCUCUUGUCCAGUUCCUCUGUUCCUCCACUGACCCUCUUCAGGAGUGCUACUCAAGUUCUGAAACAGGGACCCAGAAUGCUGCCAUGCCCCCCUUUCAGACUGAUGUAUUCUGGGUGGUAGCUGAAUAGAGCCUAGCAGUGCUUCCCAACUGUGUGCUUUUCCUUAUGUAUACAUCAAAGUGUGUCUGGCCCACAGGGCAGGAGGACUGCUUUUUUCCUUUGCCCUCAUCAUCUUGUCAAACUUUAUCCAAGAAAGAGUGAUGAGACUUAGUACAUGGUACUGAGCUUGUAAUCAGCCUUUCUUUAUACCAUGUAUGGAAUUUGCUACCAGGAGGUGUGAAGAUGUCUAGUAGGUUAGAUAGCUGUAAAAGGAGUUAGACAAAUCCAGAGCUAUCAAUUAUUAUCAGUCAUGAUGGCUAAAUGGAAUAUAAGAGGCAAACUGCCACUGAAUGCAAACAGCUGGAGAGCAAUAGCAGAAUUGGACAGUUGGCUUCACAAUCUACUUGUAGGCUUUUUGCAUUCAUCUGGUUGGUUACUGCUGGAAAUUCAAUGCUGGACUAAAUGGACCUUGAGCCUGAUCCAGUGUAGUGAUCAUAGUCUUAAUCAUGUGACUUUAGUCCCAUGUAUUUGGAGUCUAUUAGUGUCGCAUUUGCACAAACUAUGUUAACUGGGCAUUGACGCAGUCCAGGGCCUCCAGGAGGAGAACAAGCAUGGCAGUUGCUGCAAAAGUUAGGAAAGAUGUUUGAGCUGCUGCACAAGUCUGAGAAACACCUGGCUUGUCGAGUUGGCCAGGUGGAGCCAAGUGCAGCACCUAGGGGUGUGUGGGGGUGUGUUUGCAUUGCACAUUUCUCUAUAUAUGUAUAUUCAUCUAUUAGGUAGAAUUGUGUUCUGUUGUGAAAAUGCAAAUAUUGUGGUGCAACUGACCAUAAAAAUGCCAGUUAGGGUUCUAUAUUACAGAAGAAUCAUUUUCCUGUUUGACAGGUGUAGGAAGAUCGCCACUAGGUUAGUUGCUGGGGCUGCUUGACAAGUAGAGGAGAAUUGUGAGAGAAGGAGACAUACAAGGAAAGCAUAGAGCAGAAGAGGGCUAGACAGACCUCUAGGUGGAAGCAAAGUGACACAAACCAGUUGCCAAGUACAGGCUCAGAAACCAUUUUCUUUUUUGUUUGUUUUUCUUUUUAGUUUUUUACAGUAUAGAAGACACACAUUUCAAUGAGCUCCUCUAGUUUGUCCAAUCUCUUCAAAACACCCUUUGCUAAGUGGGCUUCAUGCAAAUGAGGACACGUAGAAAGGAGACUUUCAGGAUGUGUCACUUGCUGUACAAGAUCCCCUUUUCUACACAACAUUUAAGGUGCACAUCCCUGACUGUUUUUUCUUCUAGCCACCCUAGCUUUUGUUCAUGCAUGCCAUCUCCAGACACUAUUGAAGUGCACCUUCCAUCAUCCCUAACAAUGCUGCGUAGGAUUGAUGGGAGUUUAAGUCCACCAACAUCUGAAAGGUCACAUGUUGACCAUCCUGCAGGAAGAAGGGACAGACACAGAGGAAGCUCCAUGCUAGCCAGAUUAUCCUGUCACCUUUCCCUCUGCUUUCUUCACAUGGGAGAAAAAGAAACUUCUGCAUGAAUAGUUCCUGUGCAGAACCCCACUAAUAUUGGACUGAAAUUUUAGUAGGAGAAUAAUAUGGCCAUGACAGCAAGUGCUUUAUGUAAAACUCUGCCAUCACAUAUAUUAUAUCUAAACUUUAUAUAUUGGAUUUUAAACCCUAGGGCAAUGCUCAAAAACACUCAAGCUUUCUCCCCUCUGUGGUUUUAAACCUGGCUGCUUGAUCCUUUCCCUGUACUGAGAUUUUUGGCCGGCUCCUUGUUCCCUGAAUGCUUCUUUGGUUAAGGUGAUACUUGCAUUUUCACUGCCUUGGAUUCUGUUCAUUUGACUAUACCUCUUUUGUUUGUUUUUCUGCUCCACCAGUCUCUAGGUUUUGUUUUCAGGAAUGACACACCUAGUUUGCUAAACAUUGAACGACUCAGGUGUGUAAAAAUAUAUACCCAUCUACAUAUUAUUUACUCAAAUGCUUUAGUCCUUCUUGUCAUGAGUUCCAAAGAAGAAUGAGAAUGGCCUACCUAAAAAGGCAUAUUUGUCCCCCAUAUAUUUAGCUAUAUUUCCCUAGGACAGACCAGCUUUGGAAUUAGGAGUAAGAUAAUUUUAACUUCUGUUUUAUUGUUCCAACACCUGACUUAGCAGCUUCAUAGGAGUUUCUGAAAACAAUGUGCAUUUCAUAGCUGCACAGAACCUGAUUGGGAAGUGUGUGGUUAUGUGUCCUGAUAAACCCAGUGAGAGCAUGCAUGAGUUGGAGGGUGGGAAGCAGGCCUUAUUCACCAUAACCGAGUGAUGCUGAGUAGUCUCAGUUGACAGUCAAGCCACACGUAAAGCAAGGCUAUGACAUAAGCUGACCCGGAGUGAUGUGCUUCCAGCAGUCAAUUCUGUUGUUCCAGUGCAACUUGGAGCUUUGUUGAGCCUGGCUUAUUCUGCUCUGGGACUUAGGAAGCAGUUGCUCCAAGUCCUUCCCUAGAUGGCUACAGUUGUGCUUUCUCUGAGUGGAAAUGGAACUACUGCCAUUUUUAUGAAUGUAAAGAUAAAGGCAGAGCUGAUAGGACACAGGUGGAACUCUCUCUCUCUCCUGCCAAACUUAUUCCACAAAAGCUCUUUUAGUACAUCACAUGCCUUUCACUGCAUGCCCUUUCCAUCCCAUUUUCCAUGUACCUUGGCAGGGUAAUCUCAGAAGAGGUGCAUUUGUCAGAAAAUGAUGCUCUCCUAUGUCUUCAAUAUACCUCCCUUCUUGAAUUACCAUUGCUACCUCUGCCAAAAGAGAAAAACACCCUCUACUUAUUUGCAAAUCCAAUUGUUUAUAUAUAGAAAAGGUAACAUUCAGUGUUCACGUGGUUUCAUAAAUCUUUCUUCACUAAACUUCACAAUGAUUAUGUGGAGUUUGCAAUUAUUAUUCCAGUUUUACCAGAGUUAUCACCCAGCUAAAGAAAGCUUAGCUCAUUAAUCAUAUGAGUUUUAGUCAGUUAAUCAAAUUUGCAUGAAUUUGCAAAGGUCAUUAUUUUUCUUUUUUAGCUAAUGCAGGCAUGUGUGCCAUGGCAGGAUAAUCUUAGAAAAGGCAUUUCCUCCUAUGUGAUGAAAAGGUGUGGGGAGGGGGUCUUUGUGAAGAUGAUGCUUGACAACUCUAAUUUUUGAUACAUUCUUACAUUAAAAGUAAUACCUAAAAACAAGUGGUAAUGGAGUAAAGAUUGGAUUCUUCAGAACUGGGAAUUGAAACAGAGAAUUGCCAACAAAAGCAAACUGUACUGUACAGUAAAGGUGAUGCAGAAGCAACAGAGAGCAUGCACUUCUUGAGUUGCUUCUGCUGCCUCUUGUGUUCCCUCCACUUUGAAGACUGGUGGAGUCUCAUGUGGCUUGGACUGGAAGUAGCCACCACUGUGUACUAGCUCCACACAGUUGCUUUCAAGCAUUUUUCUAUAGAAAUUAUAUUAAACCAGACAACUACUACAUUUGAUGCCAGAUCAGUUUUUGGGACUAUUUCCAUGUUUGAAUCUUAACUUUACACAUUGUUUUGUAGGCUUCAGUGGGAAUGUGGCAAAUCAUUUCUAGUAUAGCCUUGUUGCUGGCCUGGUGAGCCUGCUGCUCUUAGACUGAAUGUGAAAAUGUUUCUCUGAUUCUACAGAGCCCCUGUAGGAGAGGCUUGUUCACACUAUUUACAAUCUGCCAUCUGCCCUGGGGCCAUUCAUCCAUAAACACUGUCUCUCUAUAUCAUCUUAGGCAUGCAACAUAGUGGAGGGGGAGCUGGGUCUUUGCUGGCCCAUUGUGUAGUGAGAAUAAACCAAAUUGUAGCAGUCUGUGAUGAGGCCCACUCCGUUAAUGUGCUUGGAAUGAGGUAUUGGAACAUGACAAGAUUAUUAAAUAGAAUAGAUUCUAUUGUUUGACCUUACCUUGUGAUGAGGAAGAACAGGUGGGAUGUAUGAGCCUCCAAGUCACUCCUGACUUAUUCAUAUCGUGGAAGCAAUAAAACUAUAAAAGGAACUUUCUGAGUCUCUGUCUCAUGUCUCUCUUCCCCAAAGUAGAAAGACAGGUGUAUACCUACAAAGUGCUAUUUAGGCUGCAACCUGUUCCUAUACUCAUUUUCCUAGAUGCAGCAAACAGCUGCUCUUCCAAUCACGCAGAAAAAAGCUUCUAAGGUAUAAGGUACUGUUCCUGUGGAAACAUGACAUUAGGAAUACUUGUCCUACUGCAUUUUCCCAGAAAAGAACAAACUGAUGAAUGAAGGCACUCAGUCAACAAAGCAGAGCUUUAUGAUGUGACCGCUUUUUCAGUUGGGCAACUGUGCACUAGCUAACCUUAGCUAGCCGUAGUUUAAACACUGCAGACCAAUCUAUAUUCUUGGUAUAAGGUUCCACUCCUUCACAAUAACUCCUAAGAGGCCACCUGAAAUAGAGGUACCAAGGCUCCAUCUGCAUUAUGGCCUAGAACAAGCCAAUUAAGAAAACAUUGGGGUGGAGCAGAACUCUCAGUUUAACUCAGUUAAGGCUCUUUUCCACUCCUGCUCCAAGCUAGCACAGGAAUUGUAAGGCCCUCACCUGAACUCAUGCUCCAUGUGGAUACUAAAGCUAUGGUUCAGUCUCCCAAAUCACUUGCAACUUAAAACUCCAUACACCCACACUUUGCCUUGGUCUUUCAGUCCCAGUCAGUAUCCACAUAGCCUGGAAUCCAAACACUGGCAGUGGAUGCUGUGGAUGGUCCUUCAUCUGUUCAGCCUGUAUCCCCUGCAACCAGGCAGUUAUCCAGUGGAAUGAUCCACAGAAUACUGAAUCUCACAGCCCUUGUUCCAGCUUUGUGCUUGCAUGAAAAAGGCUCGCUCUCACCCUGUAGCUAGGUGUGUCAGCUCCAUGGCGUUUGAGGAAGUUGCAGCUUAACUCUGCAGACCCAGAUGGGGCCACAGCUGGGCUCGUAGCCUAUUGACUUGAAGGCAAUACAAAAGUGAUGAGCUUGUUCUAAUUUGAUAUAAUCAGAGGGUUAAGUGUUUUUGUUGCCUCUGCCUGCAAAUAGCUGGUAUCUGUAUGCACCCAGCUACCUUAUGAGGUACCCAUGCCAGAAUUACUGUGAAAGACCAAAUGCAUUCAGCCACUGCAGCCCAUUUGUACCUGGGGCAUAUGAGCCUUUUACAGGUGGAAUUAUAUAUGCAUACUAGUGUGUAAGACUGUGGCCAUAUUAGUCAUCUGAGAAAUCAAUGCUAAAUUCUUGUUUAUUCCAGUUGACUUUGUUGCACACAACAGCUGUUUGUUAAAUGCAGAAAAAACUGCAUGGCAGGUUUCAAACACAGUGCCAAUCAAUUUCAUAUUAUCUAUUUAGAAUUUAUAGUUGAUGUGAAUUUUAUUUCACUUGUUUGUUACCGGAGUGGUAUGACUCCUUACGGAAAUUUCACUCCACUAGGAAGUAACUCUUUAAAGCAAAAACACUGCAAGAUUCAAACACCUUAAGAAAGUCAGGGGAGGGGGUAGAGAGACUAGAUGCACAAAGAACAGGUAUAAUUAAGAUUCCAAACUGUAAACCAGCUUGAACCUUUGCAUUUUUUACUGAACUACAGAAACAAUACUGGAGUAGAUUGUUGAAAAUUCUUCCCUGCUAUAAGCCACUUUCUAUGUUUCCAUUUGGCCCUGUUUAUCUAUGGUAAUAGAAAACCAGCUCAAUUCCUAGGCAACUGAUGAGGCUUGUAUCGGACAAAAGUAGAUUCUAGUCCAUGAAAGUUUGUUAGUGUUUAAGAUGUCACAAGACCUUUUGUUGUUUUUAUUGCAACAAUUUCCACUUAACUCAGUGUCUUAAUGGAAUAUUGAGGCUUUGUCCACGCUGAAUGUUUCCUAAUGUGCCACUUGCAAUGGAGUAACCAAUCACUGUAAAUGCAAAAGGCAACCAAUGUAACUUAUAGAGCAGUAGAAUGUUAAGGAAAACCUGUUGUUGUGAAGAACAAAGACACACUAGGGCUAGUGAAUAUUGAAAGAUCUUUACCAGACCUAAAGCUUAACUCAGCAAAAAUUUAUACCAUGCACCUACUGGACCCACAAGGCUUGUUGAAAAAGUACCUACCAGUCUCAGAAAACAGCUGGGCACCAUGUGGCAACAGGCACAUCACUGGGCCACAUGAUGUGGGUAUGUCCAGUUGUGGCCCCUUUUGGGCUAAACAUGAUUUGAACUAAUUUUGUAUUCAACACACCAUUAAAAAGCAAGAAUGUUUGUGUACACCUUUAUUAUGUUCCAGUACUGUAGAAACUCUCUGAAAGUAAAGGGAAAUAGAUCUUAACAGCCCUUCAUAAUAGCUAAGAAGAUGAUCCUUCAAAGAUAAAAAGAAAAGUUAAUUUAUAAAAUAUAUAAGACUGGGCAGAAACUUAUGAAUCUGGAAACUUAAGAAAAAAACAUACUAUCACUGACAGUUCUGUCCUGACAAAGACAUGGUCUUUUGGUCUGCUUAUAUUGGAAUUAUAUAUGUAGUGGAAACACCAAAGCAAAAUACAGGUUGACAUAUGAUUGUUUGAUGGAUCGCUUUUACUUGUUUUUAAAUUGCAAGAUAUGCAUUGGUUACUUAUGUUUUUGUUGUUGUCUCAUAAUGUUAUGGAUCCUAUACUGGUUUUGUUUUGUAUUUAAAUUGAAUCAUAAUAAAAAGCAUUUUUUUAACCCUGUA